GCCUGCCCAAUGGGGCAGCUAGGAUGGAGCCAAGCCUUCGAGGGGGCGGCACCCUUGGCUCCAGCUGGCACUUUCCCCGCGUCAUGUGAGCGGCAAGAGCGCUAGAGGCAGACCGAGCGCCAGCAGGGAAAGGAGCGCGACGUCGCUGGCAGCUGGGCGAUGGUAAGGGCGAGCGGAGCAGCCGAGCCGGUGCGGGGGUGCAAGAUAAGCGCCCCCCCCCCCCGGGAUACGGCCCGUGAAAAGGGAUGGGGUCGGUGGGGUGCGCGCGCGCCUGGAGCGAGCCAGCGGCGGAGUUCUGCCCCCGAGUUAGAGACCUGGUGGGGAAGGGGCACUAAGUGUAGGGAUCGCUGGGGCGCGCCUGACUUGCCCCAUCCUGUUCAGCGCACGCGCCCUUUCCCAAGCUAAGAAGUUUGAUCACAACUGGCUGAGUGGCGGGGAUGGAAAUUUGGGCUCACCUGCCCGGCUAAUCGAGGUGUGUGAUGUGUUUGUUGAUGAAUGUGAUAAAAGACGUUGCCCAAUCACUCCCACUGAAAUCUUUCGAGUUCAGGAGGCGUAUCUUCCUGUAGAUUUAUUCUCAUUUUUAUCCGCCCUUUUUGAGUUUAUUUGGAGUCCGGGGGAAAAGGCGGGGGGUGGAAUCUCGCGCGCCAAGUUAACUUCGGGCUUGCUGUUGAGUCCCAUGACCUUCGGAGGGAAAUCUGGACGACGAGCGGAUUUUCCAGCCGAUCUUCGCCCUGUGAAAGCGCUACUCCAGAAAUGCAGACUAUGCGCGUCGCUCCCUCCCCGCUGACAGAUGCAAUCGGGUUUUAAGUGCGGGAAUCCGGCCAAGCACGCUCAACUUCUAGGGCAAGGGAGACGUGUUGCAAUCGCGUGGAGCGAAAAAAAGGCUGCCUGGCGGACGCGCAGGUCCCUCAACAAACAGUGGCAACGGGGCGGGAUGCGGCCUUGCGCCGCCCUAUGGGAAGCGCGAGGACCCGUUGAUUGACGGCAAGCCUGCCCCUGCUGCUUGAUUGGAGGGCGGGAUUCCAGGUUGCCCUGAAUGGGGAGGGCAGAGGGGGAGGGUGCCGUCGUCACCUCUCCGUAGGGCAGGUAGCAUGAGCUCGGCGGUGCCAAGAGCGCUGCCCAAUUGCACGGGGUGGUCUGCGCCGGGCAAACGCAUGAUUUCCGACUGAGCAGGGUGCGCGUGGCCUGCGCGGUUCCUAUUUAUGCCCUUCAGUAUCUGAUCGGGACAAAUAGGCAGAGGAGAAGCUCGGCCCCGCCUUCUCCAUUCCCCAAGCCCGGUGGUUGCUGGAGUGAGAGACACUUUUCACAGGGUUUCUACCUCCCCCACCCCGUGUUUAACCAUUGCCCAGGCCAGAGGCAUAUCUAGAUGCUGGCGAAACCUGCCUCCAUUGGGGGUGCAAACAACCACCACUCUCGAAAUCUCUCGGCAGUCAGAGGAUCCAACUCUGAGGGGCAGAGGCCCCACAUAAAAUAUUUGAGGCGGCCAGCCAUUCAGCCAAAAUAUUUGAGGCGGCAUUGUCAGUCAAAUGAUGUGUGUGCAUCAUGUGAUCAAGUAUGCAGGGUGGGGCUUACCUGCUCCCCCCCAAAAAAAAUAUUUUAUUCAAGUUGGCACCCCUGUCGCCAAUUAUCUGCGUAAGGUCAUGAGUUUUAGAUUAGAGCUGGGAACUGAGGGGUGGGAAAGUAGUAUGAAAGUAGAUCACUGGAGAGUGGAGACUAUGGGCUGUAUGUCAUAUACAUGUGUGGCGACGCAUCAUUUUGUGUGUGGGGGGGUACCUUAUUUUGUUUUCAUGUGCCAUCCUUUAUUUGUAUUAUGGCCAAGGACAACGAAAGCUGGAAGUAGCCUGAGCCUCUCGGGACCUCGUAGAGCCUUGCCCAUCACUUGCUACAAUGGUUAUUUUGAAUGGAGAUGUUUUUAUAUAUUUAGUUCCUAUCCCACUUGUCCCCUCAAAAGAGCCCAGGGUGGCAGACACCAAAGUGGAACAAUUAUGCAAUUAAAAGUAAACUAAGAAAUAUAAGCAAAACAUUUAGAAACAUUUCAAGAAUUUGAACAUGCAAACAAUGUGCUCUACCGCUGAGCUGUGGUUCUUCUCCUAAAUGGAGCGUGGAAAAAUCCCAAAACUUAAAAACUGAGGUCGUAUUGUAGUGAUCUUGGUUAUAGCUCUUCAGGUUGCAAGAGGAUUAAAGAGGAAAAAUAUGAUAGAGACAUGACACUAAUUAAAAGAUCUAACUGGCUAUUUUGUUUUUCAGUGUUUGGUUUGGUAAGUUGAGAAUAAAAAAUAAUAAUUUAUGUUUGUUGGCAAAAAUAGGCAGAGCACACCUUAACUCUGCUCACAAAACUUUACUUAUACCUGUAUCUAAACCCAGUUCACACAUCCAGUUUUCAUUUGACUGUUUGUUCUUGGGAAUGCACACAAGCAUCCAAAAUAAUUGUACACAACUUUGUGUAUAUAGACAAAGGCCAUUACAGUGCCAAAAUAAAUGUGUAGCCCAUUAAAGAUAAAGUGAGGAUACUUUAAAACACAGGUGAGAUUUUAAAAAUGGAUUGUAGCAAAAUUCCCACAAAUACAAAAUGUACCUUUCCUGCCUACUAAAAAUAAAGUGGGACUGAGCCUUGACAGUGUUCAUUUUCUUUACCACCUGCCAGAACAUUAAUACGUGAAAAGCCCUAAAAAACACCUUUUUAAGGAAAAAAGGAAGGAAGGAAGAAGCAUGUAAUUACAAACAGGAAACAUUUUAUCAGUGAAAAAUGAAUGGUGUCGACUGAAAACUGGCCUGUAUAAAACUAAUUGUCAGGUCUCUAGCUCUUACUAUUUCUUUGUUGUGGAUUUGUAGGGGAAACAUACAUGGAAUGAUUAAGAUUCAACAACCUCCUGGACUUAAUUUUAAUCAAAGCCUGCUACCAAACACUCCUAGAGGGAGGGGAAACUAAGAAUGAGGCUGGUUCCUCCCAUUCUGUCCUCUGUAAACACCUGGAGUAGGUGUUGAUCUAGUGUGGGAGCAAGACAAGAGGCACUUCCAAUCUUGUGAAUGGGGUUAUGAAAUGCAUUGAGCAACAUCAGGUCUUUGACCCUGUGUUGCCGCUGGCAGACCUUGAAAUACUUUAAAUGCUGCUCCCUUAAAGGCUGGGUGUGUUUAUUGAAGAAUGCUUCCCCAAUCUCCAGCGGGGCUUUCAGCAAUAUGAGAAGAUAGCAGUGGCAAAGAGCAGCAUGGACAAAGCUGAAGGAAUUUCAUGCCUUCACACUCUCAGAGGCUGUGGGUUCUCUUGAUCCAGUCUGGGUUACCUCCUCCCCACUUUGGCUAUGUUGUUGGCACCUUGCUAAUACAGCAAACUGCUGUAUUAGCAAGACCGAAAUGAUCUCCUGGGAUGCAAGCCAGGGCAAUGUGUUUGGAGGUCCUGGGCUGCCCAGACUACAAGACCGCUCCACUCAGCCUUGCUGAUGUAGUCCAAAGGAAAGCAGAGCAGUAUGUUUGGCACCAGCUGGGCUGCAGGAGUUACCAGAGGGCAUCAUCCAACCACUGUAGGGACUUCACUCCCGAUUUGUGUAGGGUUUACUCCUUAGCCCUUUCUUCUCUCAAAGAUAUCCUGCAAGGCAGUGGAGGUUUAGGGUGAGAGUUUUCCUUCUCCUAGAUGGAAACCUCCUUCCCAGGUUGACCAUCUGCCUCUCACUCCCCUCUGCAGCACGUGCAGAACCUGCCUUCCUGACAGUUGAACCCACUAUUGGUCUCAUCCAUUCAGUCCCCUGGAGCCUGUCUUCUCAUGUAGGGGAAGUCCCUGACACAUCAAGGGUUUGAGACCCAUCGGCUACCCACACCUGGUUUAGACAGCCAGCUGAAACCACUUCCUGGGGUGUAGCCACUGUCACAUGCUGCCAGCUUUCAGGAGCCCAGGAGAAUGCUGAGUGCAGGGUGGGGACCAAAGAUGGAGAAACUGCCCAAGAAGGAGCAAACGUGCGCCCCACCAGAUAUUACAAUCCUUCCCUAACAUCCCAUACACCCCUUUGGCUAUAUACACAUCAUAUAUUUAAAGCCCAAGAAUCCUGGGAACUGCAAUAUGUUAAGAAACUACAGCUCCUAGGAUGAACUACAGCUCCCAGCGAGGAAACUACAGCUCCCAGGAUGAUUUGCUGGAAGCCAUCUGCCUUAAACAUAUAGGGUGUACCCAGUGCUUUUUUUCCUAAAAAAAUGUUUUGGGGUACUCUCACUUCCGUCUGAGACUUGGGAAACACUGAGAAAGGAAAGGAAGCUGCCACAGGGGGUAAGAAUGGAACUGACAAUUAACCAUGCUAGAGAAGAAACUAAAAAUUUAAUUUUUUGAAGUUUCUUCUGUUAGAUUCACAAAAUGUUUAGGGGUAUGAGUACCCCUGCAUACCCCCAGAGAAAAGCACAGUGUACCAAUACAAGCACAUCACAACUAAUAUUGAUGUAAGUGUGAAGAGAGACAUGGAACAGAAUCUGAGGUAACCAUUGUUUUUUGAAAUGCUUUUCACAUUGACCCUUUCUAACUUUGGGUGAAAUUGAGAAACCACUAAUGGGACAAAUACGAUUUUUCCCAGGCAAACCUGUCUAUCAUUACCACAUAGUUUUGUAAUCCAUAGUAUGACCUGUUUGAGGUUAACCAAUAUUUCUUUUGAUUCGGUUAUCAGAUGCAGUCCUUAUUUUGUUUCAAAGAACUACAUUCUUGCUUUCAAGUGGGAAAGAGCCCUGGCAGAUAGGCCUUGAGUUGGACCCCAUUAAAGAAAUUGCCUCUGUUCUUCAGUCUGUUAAACCCUUAGGGCACAUCCUUCCAGAUGGUUCUGAAUGAGUGCAUUCAAUGCACUGUGUUGGCUAGAGUUCAAACAACGGGUGGAUUCUCAAACAGAUUCUUGCAAAUUUGAAUUUGUAUUAUCUUUUUUUUCAAGAUAAGGAUUUUAAAAGGGGGAGGAGAAGUGGUGUUUUUUUUUUAACACUGAAUCAGUUUAUAGUAGUAAAUCAAAGUAGUAUAUAGAUCCCUUCAGGUGUUCUGUAUUCCCUGUAUUACUAUUUUUAAAUUAAGGAACCUCCUUGUGGUUGUCUUCCUGCAGGUGGAUCUAUAACCAAUAUUCAUAAUUUUCAGCUCAUUGGCAUAAUAGUUAUAUUAUAUACAGCGAUCAAUACAUCUUUUUAUGAGGAGGCGGCAAACCAAUGGUCUCAGUAAAUCAUAGCAAACUGGUGUCUGCUUCAAGUCAGCUGACUGCUUCAGCUCCCAUUCAGUUAGCCAACGCUGCAGAUGCUCUCAAGCAUGAGAUGCCACCACUGAAUUUGCUGCAGGACUGCAGCGGGGAGCAGGCUUCUAACCCAUCAGCUAUCUCCAACUUAAUCUGCACAUCAGAGACGGGUGUUUUGCAGUCCAAGGUAAAGAAGGAUGGGGAGAAACCACAGACCACUAUCUACGAAGCCUACCUCAGACUUCCUGAUUUUUGCCCGGAACUCUCCCGGGACUUUAGCCCUACACUGGAGGAGAUUGAGGAGUUCCUGAAUGAGAAAAUGGCAAUUCUCAAAGAUGAGCUGAAUGACAAGCAGCAGGCAGGAGGACAGCUUAAGAGAAAGUCUGAGAUCAGCUUGGGCAGCCCCGGGGAACAGUCUGUUCCUGUAGCUGUUCCGGAUGAAGGCCUUUCCUGCUCUGCUCAGUCAGGAGUGGUGGUUUCUGGUGGUACAGGCAUCCCAGGGACUGCGGGGACUGUCCCAGUUGUCCUUCAGAUCCAGCCCAACCAAGCGAGUGAAGGCAACUCGCCAACCCAGAGCCCUGUUGGUGGUAUUAGGGUGGCUCAGUUGGUCAUCAGAAUGCAAGGGCAGAGCCUGACCGUUCUUCCCCAGGUCAUCCAAAGCCCUUCAACAGGCACAGAACAAAAAUAUGUACGGAUAGCCCCUUUGCCUGUGACACUGAGGCCUGGAGUUCUUGGAAGCGUGAAGAAUGUGGAGGCCAGGGCCCCUAAAGCCUCCCCUCCUGUCAUCCGAGUCCACAAGUGCACACAUCCCGGUUGCACAAAGAUGUACACUAAGAGUUCUCACCUCAAGGCUCACUUCCGACGCCAUACUGGAGAAAAGCCUUACACCUGUACUUGGCCCAACUGUGGCUGGAGGUAAGUGUGUGGCAAUAAAAACGGCCUGGUUAUUUGAUUAUUUUUUUAAAAGUUGACAUUUAACUUUGUUGCUCAAUGAAAGCUUUGUGGGAUCAGAUAGGCUCACUUAACUACUGGAAUAAACUACCGUAGUACUUCCAGCCAACAGUGCAAUCAUGUAUAUUUCUCAGGCACCAGUCCCAUUGUGUUCAGCAAGGCCUACUCCCAAAUCCUGUACAAGUGUGUUUAGGAUUCCAAGGUUACGUAUUGGUUGAAAAAUAAUUUAAAAUGUAUUGCCUGAACGGAAGUAUACAUGCGUCCUGGACACAACCCACUAGACAUUUCUCUACAAGCUCUGCUGAAAUGGAUUGGAGCUGUUCAAGAAUAUCGGUGAUCAUCAUUGCUGCUUUUUAAUAUCACCACCUGUGUCUUUUUAAAGGAAACAAUUCCAGUGAAAACAAACAAAUCUCAUAUUUAGUCAACAGUGAAUGAAUCUUUCACUGAUGGGAUUUAAUUAGCAAUUCAUGUUAUUUUUCCAUCCCUGGUCAGAUAAUGACUGAUCCAUACACAGCACUGUUGCCAUACUUUAUUCUUUUAUUUCUUCAGCAAGGUUUCUGUUCCUCCUUUGACUGCCAGGCAGCUCACAAAUGAUAAUGCUAGGGAUCAUUAGGAGAGGAAUUGAAAAUAAAACUGCCGAUACCAUAAUGCCGUUAUAACAUAUCUAUGGUGCAACUGCAUUUGGAAUACUGUUCCAUACGGUUCUGGUGGCCUCACCUUGAACAGGAUAUUGUAGAGCUGGUAAAGGUUCAGAAAAGGGCAACCAAAACUGGUCAAGGGGACGGAGCAACUUAUCUAUGAGGAAAGGUUGCAGAAUAUGGAACUACAGAAAAAAAUAAAAGUAAAAGGUGAUGUAAUAGAAAUUCAUAAAAUGAUGCAUAUCAUGGAGAAAGUGGCUCGAGAAAAGUUUUUCUUCUUUUCUCCUAACACUGGAGCUUGUGGACCUCCAAUAAAACUGAAUGUUGGAAGAUUCAAGGCAGAUAAAAGAAAGUACGUGUUCACGCAGUGCAUGUGGCCUAGGACCCACAUACCUACGGGACCGCCUCUCCUGAUAUGCCCCGUGGAGGACCUUAAGGUCCACAAAUGACAACAUUUUGGAGGACCCAGGUCGCAAGGUGGUUAGCUUGGUCUCAACUAGGGCCAGGGCCUUUUCAGUACUGGCCCCGACUUGGUGGAACGCUCUGUCACAAGGGACUAGGGCCCUGCGGGACUUGACAUCUUUCCGCAGGGCCUGCAAGACAGAGCUGUUCCGCCUGGCCUUUGGUUUGGACUCAGUCUGACCCUUAUGUUUCCCUCUCCUUAUGGUCUUGAUCUAUCGGCUACUUUUAAAACGAGGCUGCGUUUUAAAUUGCAUUUUAACCUGUCUUUUAAUUUGUGGUUUUUUUCUCCCCUCCCUCCAUUAUGUUUUUACUGUGAUUUUAUUGGUGCUAGCCACCCUGAGCCCGCCUCUGGCCGGGGAGGGUGGGGUAUAAAUAUUAUUAUUAUUAUUAUUAUUAUUAUUAUUAUUAUUAUUAUUAUAGUUAAACUAUGGAACUCACUCCCCUGGGAGACAGCCAUCGAACUGGAUGCCUUCAAAACAGAAUUGGAAAAUUCAUGGAGGAGAAAGCUAUCCAGCAGCCAUGAUGGCUCUGCUUUGCUUCCAUGGCUGGAGGCAGUAAUGUUUCUGCAUACAAUGAGGGUGAGCCCUCUUGUGCUCAAGUCCUGCUUGUGGGUUUCCCACAGGCCUCUGGGAGGCCAUUGUGAGAAGAGGAUGCUGGACUAGAUGGGCCAUGGACCUGAUUCACCAGGUUCCUCUUCUGUUGCUAUUGCUAUGAUUUUAUUUUCUUUGGGGGAAAGGCCAUAGCUCAGUGGCGGAGCACAUGCUUCAAUGGAAAGUAGCCCAGGUUCAGUUCCCAGCUUCCUAGGGAAGGACCCCUGCCUAAACCCCUGGAGCCAGUUGUAGACAAUACGGAGCUGCAUGGACCAACGGUCUGAUUUGGUAGAAGGUGGCUGUCUGUCUUAUUAGCAGUACAGUGGUACCUCGGGUUACAUACGCUUCAGGUUACACACUCCGCUAACCCAGAAAUAGUGCUUCAGGUUAAGAACUUUGCUUCAGGAUAAGAACAGAAAUCGGGCUCUGGCAGUGCGGCAGCAGGAGGCCCCAUUAGCUAAAGUGGUGCUUCAGGUUAAGAACAGUUUCAGGUUAAGAACGGAUCUCUGGAAUGAAUUAAGUACUUAACCUGAGGUACCACUGUAUGGGGGAAAGGCUUCCUGUGUUGCAUUUUUGCUUAUCUUGCAACUGUUCAAAGGCAUAGGACCUCUUCCCUGAUGGGAGAGGAAAAUAAAAGGGUCCUUGCACUAGCCUCCCCAUGCACUAUAAUUGUGCAACCCACCAUUCUUUUUCAACAGCUUUGUGAAUAAUUUCACCUUAAUCGUUCUUCAUUUCCCAGAAUUAAAUCCAUUAGUAGAUUAACCGCAGUUUACAGACUUCUGUGACCUGCUAGGGUGUAGCUGAUAGUCUAGGUACAAGCUCAGGACAGUCAUGUGGCAAGGAGUUCCAUCUUUUAAUAGGUUCCCUUCUUUGCUGAUCCUUCCCAUGGGGAAUACAUCUGAUGUGCUGAAGUGGCAAAGGCUUCAGGGAUUGCAUUCAUGUCUGCCCAUGCUGCCCCUUGUACCUUUUCCUCAAGCAGAUGGUUUUGUUUAAAAUUUGAAAGCCUCCAGCUGUCGUGGCAUUGGUGGCAGGGACUUUCCAAAUGUGAAGAGGCUGCUCCUAGUGAACCUGCAGCUGCCAGACUUUGCAGGGGCUUUGCAGCCAUUGCUCAGGGCAUCUUGUGAAAAGAGGAGCUCAGUAAAAUAUCGAUAUUGUUUCCAAAAUACGGAGGGCAUGUGCAGUUUCCAAGGGUACCAAACAGGGGAGAAGGGCAGGGACUAGAACAGGCCCCCAGGCAAGGGUUGCACAUAUUUGCUCCUCUCAAGCAACCUGAAAUCCUUAAUAACAUAUAGGGUUGAAUUUACUGUUUCCUUGAGAAUCAUUCUCAAGGGGGUCCUGUGUGAUCUUGGCUGAUCUGCUUCCUUCCAGCUUCUUUGGCUGUAAUGACCUGAGACUUUGGAAUGUAUCCCUGCUUAACUGCAGAAAGUGAACUCAGUGGGGCUUCUUUCUCCCCCUUGUAGCUCUGGUAAAUGUAUUAGGAAUCUGUUUGAUCUCUGCAGUGCUCUAUAAAACCAGACUUCUCCGCUACAUUCGAUAUGAGCUGCAAAUGGAGGAGGAGUCAGUGAGCAUAACAAGCUUCUGAUUCCACAUUCUUUUGUGGACAUUAUGGAUGGGCCCAUCUAAUGACUCUACCAUAUGUCUGGGUCACUGAGAAUGCACGGUUUUUAGUUCUUUCCUGCAGCAUGUACGCGUCUCCUAUAUCAGCGAUGGGGAACCUGUGGCUCUGCAUAUGUUACUGGACUACAACUCCUAAUAGGCUCAGCUACAAUGGUGGAUGGUUAGGGAUGAUGGGAAUUGUAGUCCAGCAACACCUGGAUGGCUGUUAUGGGUUAGCCACCCCGGCUUUGUAUUUUCUAGAUUUUUAAAUAAGAUUGAAGGAGCAUCUCCACCACGAUCGUUCAGCCCAGACACUGAGGUCCAGCUCUUAGGGCCUUCUGGCGGUUCCCUCACUGCAAGAAGUGAGAUUACAGGGAACCAGGCAGAGGGCCUUCUCGGUUGUGGCACCCGCCCUGUGGAUUGCCCUCCCAUCAGAUGUCAAGGAAAUAUACAACUAUCUGACUUUUAGAAGACAUCUGCAGGCAGCCCUGUUUAGGGAAGUUUUUAAUGUUUGAUGUUUUAUUGCCUUUUUAAUAUUCUUUUGGGAGCCACCCAGAGUGGCUGGGGAAACCCGGCAAAAUGGGUGGGAUAUAAAUAAAAUUUUAUUUUAUUUUCAUUAAAUAAGUUUUCAGUAGCCCAGUGGGUUAGAGUAGAUCUCAUAACUGCCACUGAGUAGAUUACCCAAGGUCAUCCAGGGAAUCUGAGAAAGCAGAUGAUCCAACUGGAUUCCUUCUUUCUAGGGUUGGUGACUGUGAGAUCUACAAGGUGCAGAAAGUUAUGAAAGGGCAGUGUACCAGUUGGGAUUUCUGAACUGUUUUCAAAGGCUGCACAUGUACUGGCAUAUUUGAAACAUAUAACCUAUCUGCAUAUGCGCCCUGAGGAUCUGUUGCCAAUUGCCAAACUCAGUGGCAUGUACUCAUGGGUGAGAUGGACACAUACCAUUUCAAACGCAAGAAUGUAUGUUGUAUGUGCAUGCACAAAAUCUUUAAUAUGUGAUAUAUUCAUUGAAAGUGUUUUAUUCUGCUCUUCAUCCAAAAAAGACUUCUAGAAAGAAAAGGGAUUGGGAGAGAAGAGGUGUGGGGGAUGGGAUGAUUUCAGGCACUGUUUCCAGAUUUCUAUCAUCCUCAGUCAUGAGCUAUUUCUCACGAACUGAAGUUGCAGGGUUUUGUCUGCCCAUAAGUCUUUUUGAGAUUAGAAAAAGAGACAAAGUUAUUCCCUUACAUUUCCCCGCUCAAUGGCACCACUUUGGUUCAAUCAAGGCCCUUUGACAAUAAAAAAAAAAAUAUCUUGUCCAGGGUUGUUUCUGAUGUGACUCUGAGUGGAUUGUCAGUGAGAUCAUGUCUGGUCUGUUCCUAAAUUAUUAUGUAACAUUGGACAAGUUGUGCUUCCUUCUUCGUCUUUGUUUUCCUCACUCCAAACAGAGAGACAGUAUUUCACAGAAGCUUGAUGACUUUGUUAAUCAAGACCUUUGUUUGUCAAGGUCUUUGAGUUCCUUUGUUGGAAGGCACUCCUUGAACUUGUUUUAAGGCUUACUGCUCUUGUCGAAGGCUGAUUUUGUUCUACAUCAUGUCACCCUUGGUUCAUACGUGAAAAGAAAUGAAGGAACCAAUAAGGGGUGGGAAGGAGAGAGACAGACAGAAUGUCAGUGGUACACAAGAAUAAAGGGUCAAGAAUGGGCCAUUAAACCUCUGUCUUUGUGCACCUUUGAGAGGUUUAUAUUUUAUUUAUUAUCACCUUAAUAUCCCACCAAGGAGCUCAAGGUGACAUACAUAGUUCUCCCUGACCCCUUCAUGUCCUCAAAGCAACCUUGUGAAUUUGGUUAAGCUGAGGGACUGUGGCUGGCCCAACCUCACCCAGUGAGCUUUAUGAACCCUGGGCUCUCAAGUCCUAGUCAUCUCACUCUACUACAUUAUCCUUUUCACCUGAGAUGGUAAAUCUGUGACCCUUCACAAGCUGUUGGGACUCUAGCUGCCAUCAACCUUCAUCAUUGGCCAUGCUGGCUGGGGCUGCUGGGAGUGGAAGAUGAACAACAUCUGAAGGACCAUUAGGUUGUGCCAUCCCUGCCCUGUCUGAGCCCAAGAGUGGUUCAUGACCUAUAGUCCCAAUGCACCAGAAGCCAAUGAAUUGCACCUGUCUGUUUCCAAGUGGCAAAGAUUCAUGUCUAGAGAAGCUACUUUCUAGCAUCUUGCGGUUUCGAAAUGUGAGUAGGGAGCAUGUUUUUCUAUUUCUGAAAUAGACACUGGAUUCUUGAGAGUCACACUAGAGCAGCAUCUGCUAGACAAAUCUGCUUUAUAUCCCAGAAUCCUCUCUUGUAGUUUGCUUUGACUGCUUGUGAAGCCAUUUGGUGAGAACAACCUCCUUGGUUCACACAACUGUGCAGUAAACAUCUCUUCUUCUGUCUGGUAGGUUUUCCCGCUCGGAUGAGCUCUCUCGCCACAAGCGCUCCCAUUCUGGACUCAAGCCUUACCAGUGCCAAGUGUGUGAGAAGAAAUUUGCCCGCAGUGACCACUUAUCCAAACACAUGAAGAUCCACAAAGGGUCAUUCAGUUUGGGAAUCCGGACAGCUCAGGGUUGUGGUCAUAGCUGACUCUGCUUCUCCUGCCUUGCCAAGAAAAUAAUUCCUGCCCAAGUGAGAUGACAAAGGCAAAUAUAAAAGACGGCUUUGUUUGGAAGGGAGGAAAGGAAUUGACUUGUGUAAAGUCUAUUGGGAAGACCAAAGCCUGCUUCUACCUGAACAUGUCUUUCAAUCAGGACCUGCCUCCAAACAGGUCUCUGAUACUUGUGAACUCUUGUAAAACUUGUAAUUAAGUUUGUGGGAAAUAUGUGACAAUAAAGGAUGUUGGGGUGGGCAGGGUGAGAUUCACUGUUUAGAUCUGAAUUUUAGAAUAUGGACUGUUUAGGCCAAGGAUGGAAGAACCUUUGGUCCUCUAGACUGUGUUGGGCUACAGCUUCCAUUAUUUCUGACCAUUGGCCAUGCUUGGUGAGAUUGAUGGGAGGUGGAGUCCAACAACAUCUGGAAGGCCACAGGUUCUCCACCUGUGGUUUAGGCAUUUCUAAUGCUUUUUCCUGUGGUGUACACAUAGAACAGUAUUGGAAUGGGAGGGUGUGGGUUCUUUUGCAUUUCUUUCUGAUUUAGCAUCCUGCUUGAUCACUCAGCCACUGAUUCUGAAACUGUAACCAAUGCAAUGAAAUUACAGGUGAAAUAUUCACAAAAAUGGCAAAUCUCAAAGUUCAGAGCUUGAAUAUCAGUACCAGGAAAUCAUAUUUUCCCAGGUCUUUAUUUUCAGACUAUACCUCUCUAAAGUCAUAUUUUGUCACUCCAAAUUGGUUUCAUGGCAUUCAGUGUAAUUUGUGUGGUGCGUAAUGGUUUGUCUUUAGGAAAACAAAUUGCUUUGUUGAGUACUGUGAGUUGUUAUUCUAUAGCCCCAAUUUAAAUGUUUAUUCUGUGAGCUGUACACCGCUUAUGCCUGAGAAUGGGACUUGGGGCCCAAGACCUAUCCUGUACACAUGCUAAUCGAUGGUGGGAAAUGUAAUCUGAUUUGCCUCUGAAAUAAGGCAAACAAGAGUGUCCUGAGUCUGCCCCAGACUGUAAAGCAGAAAUGAGGAACCUCCGGAUUGCUGGACUACAGCUCCCAUUAUCCCUAGCCGUUAGUCAUGCUAGCUGGGGCUGAUGGGAGUUGAAGUGUAAUAAAAGCCAGAGGGCCACAGAUUCCCCAUUCUUGAAUGAAGUUUGGUGGUACAGCCUUAAGUAUUGCACACAUUGCCUAUGGUUGCAAUUCUAUGCCAAUUUGUUGAAAGUGAGCCCCACUGAAUACAAUGGACUUGUUUUUGAGAAGACAUUUAUAGCAUUGCACUGUAAAUGCCUCACAUGCCUUUCAUUUGAACUUAUUUUGAUCAUUGUUAAUCCACCAGAGCUGUCAUUAUGGUUUGUUUUGCUUUUAUUAUUCAGGUUGCUUAACUUACCUUGCAUCCAUGGAAUUCAGGGCUGGAUAGAGAGAGAGAGAGAGAGAGUGAUUGAUGCAAGUCCCAACACAGUCAGUCUCAUGACUGGGUGGGGAUUUAACACAGGUCUACAAUGGUGUUUCCGUGCGCUGCUCUGGUUCACCAGAAGCGGCUUAGUCAUGCUGGCCACAUGACCUGGAAGCUGUCUGCGGACAAACACCGGCUCCCUUGGCCUAUAGAGCGAGAUGAGCGCCGCAACCCCAGAGUCGUCCGCAACUAGACUUAACGGUCAGGGGUCCCUUUACCUUUACCAGGUCCCCUGUGGUAGCCAUUAUGACAACUUCCACCUGAUGAUUUGUUUCUUUAGUUAAAACGACGAAGAGUUGUGCAGCACCUUAAAGCAGGAGUGGGGAAGCUGUGGUGCUCCACUUGCUGGGCUCCCAACUCUCAUCAGUCCCAGCCAGCAUACUCAGUGGCCAGGGGUGGUAACUGCUAGCCAUGAUGGGUACAUUCUACCCCCACUGUUGGACGCAGUAUUACCUAUGAAUGCCGGCUGCUGGGAAUCACAAGAUGGAGGGUUGCUGUUGUGUACAGGCCAUGCUUGUGGGCUUCCCACAGGCAUCUGGUUAGCCACUGUGAGAACUGGAUGUUGGACUAGACGGACCUUUGGACUGACCCAGCAGGGCUUUUCUUAUGUUGUUGUUAUGCAUAAGGUUGCAGGUUCAAUCCCUGGCAUCUCCUGGUAGGGGUGGAGACCCCAGAGAGCCACAGAUAGUGUAGACAUUUCUGAGCUAAGUGGACUCAUAGCCUCACUCUGUAUAAAAUAGCUUCCAAUGCUCAUGUGUCUUGAACCUAUGUGGCAAGACGCCUGGUUUGUUAUGUGUCUCCACCCUGUUUUGAUGCAAUGGUUCUUGCCAGAAGUUGAGAACAAUAGCUUACCAAGUGCAAGUCUAGUAGCCUGCUCUCAAACAUGUUUACUUGGAAGUGCUUUGAUUCUGAGAUACAUAUGUUAAGCGUGCUUCUUGUUGUUGCCUGCCUUGGUUAUUCAAGCCUCCUUCCCCUGCGGGCACCUUCUUUUUUCCAGUCUGUGCCAGCCUGAGUGACUCAUACACCACCUCUUUCUCUUUCCCUUGCUCCAGCUUUCUAUACAUAAAAAUAACUUUCCUUUCUCCAGCUUCAUUAUCUCACAUUACCUUCUUUGGAUCUGCACACACUAUACCUUGAAAGCACAUUCUAAGCACAUUCUUUCCCUCAAAAAAAUAAAAAAAAUAAAAAUAAACAUAGGCACUGUAGUUUAAGGGUUGCUGGGAAUUCUAACUCUGAGAGAGGUCAACUACAGUGCCCAGAAUUCUUUGAGGGAAAUAAUGUGUUUUGAAUGUGCUUUCAAGGUAGAGCAUGUACUAAUGUUCAGGCUCUGAACUGGGCUCUAAAUGAACAUCUAAAGAAGCUCUGUCACCAUUAUUCCUCCCACAGAAUGAGCUUUUGUUGGCAAUAUCGACUUAGUCUAAAAGGAUGUUUGAAAAGCACCUCCUACGGGAAACUGUGCUAUGACAAUUCUAGCUAUUUAAAGCCCUGAAAAAGAACUUGUGCUCACAGGUGCAGAAAUCCAGGAUUCAUGCCCAGCCAUGCAGACAGAUAUAUUUGCAUAUGUCACAGUAAAGAAAAACAAACUGAAUCAGUCGUCAUAGCUGACAGAGUUACUUGUCAACUGCUGCAUUCCCUCUCGGAAAGGAAAAUGAGUUUUGGCAAUCUGUGUGAUUCUUCCCUGCCCUCACUCUUUUCUUAGUUUUCAUAUAAAUAUCUCUUUUUAGGCAUCCAUCAGUCAUCCUGUGAUAAAAGCCCUUUAUCUCACAUUGGCCUCAGAUUAACUUCUUGGCUGUGUAAACAAAGUACAUGUUCAAAAGGUCAAUCAGAGGUUGCUGAAAGUUGAGAGAGUCCACAAUCCAUGGCAAUACUGGAAUCCCCAUUUUCUUCCUUUUCAUCCUAGCAUGACACCAUCAUGUCAAUACUACCAGAGUCAUUAACAGUUCACAGUUUCAUAGGUCGAUUGCCAGUCACAGUGAUUUUCUAAAUUCAGCCCACAAGGAAGGAUGGCUGGAAAACAGACUGGAUUAUCAUUUAAGCAGAUGGGCGGUUAGCUCAGGAUAACAACCUUGGGCUAACAAACCUGAGAUAGCAGGUACCAUUGUUUAUUGCCUGAAUCAACCUAUAGAUGGGCUAACCCAAGUAUCUUCAGAUAUAACAUAAGUUCAGUCAGGGGCAAGCAACAUGCCCUCAGCCCAAUUUCAAUUUGGGAGACAAGGAGGGGGGAAAGGGGUUUACAGACAGAGAAAAUUGAAUGAAAGAGGGAGAGAGGGUAGGGGAAGAGCCACAGAGGAAGGGUACUUCUUCCUACUUUUAACUCUAGCCCUACCCACUACCAACAUUCAGCUGCCAAUAUGUUCUAUGUUUGUUCAUGACGCUUAUAAUUUGUCUUUCUUCCAUCAUGGAGCCCUAGGCAGUGUACAUCUGGUUUCCAGGGAGGCACUCAUUAAAGAACUCUGCUUUAACUUCAGCAAGGUGCUGGCAUGUUGUGAUAUUAUCUUCACAGGAAUACAACCCAUUGCAGAAAGAAAAAAAAAGGUUCCUGGACCCUGAUUUAAAGGGAUAAAGAACUGUGAUAAAACUGGCAUGAUGACCUUUUUUUGGCGUUGGCGGGAGUGAAUUCUUACUUUCACAAAGAUGCCUGCAAGUUGGGCUUCAAAGAAAGGAAUGCCUGGCUGACAGCAAUAGUUUUUCAAGCAAAGACAAGGGAUGUGGUGCACUUAGGCACGCUUGGCUAUCUGUGCCAGACUUGUCAAGGCUGCAAUUCUUGAGGUCUGUUUAAAUUGCCUGGUUUUUUGUUUUUUAAAAAAAUAUUUACAUUAAUACAUGUUGGAUAGGGAAGACAGAGUAUGGCUUCACACAGUAGCUGUAUCCUGCUCCUGUGUGAGAGACGUCUUGCACUUGGGCUGCUACAUGAUGCAUGAGAGCUCUGACUGUAUUUAUGCAAGUGCUAGAGGAGGAGGCCAUACAAAAACCUACCGCUGUGUGGUUUCCAGCUACCUACAAUAAAGUAUGGGUCAGUUAUAUGCAAUUUUGUUCCACAGAAUUACUUGGAACUCACAUGUCACAAUUUUCCUCAUAACCUCCACCAUUUCAUAGGGGAAAAUAGGCCUAGACCUGUGAAUAUGUCUUUGGGUGGGCCCAGGGGUGUGACUUAGCAUAUAAAGGCAGCUCAGGAAGGUGUAGCAUUGCAAAUGUACCACAGGCAGAAUGCAAGGCAAGUGAGGCACAUAAUACACAUGCACUGUACUGUUGACUGUUUAGAACAUGGGUAGGCAAACUAAGGUCCGCGGGCCGGAUCAGGCCCAAUUGCCUUCUGAAUCCAGCCUGCAGACGGUCCAGGAAUCACUGCAUGGAUAGCCAGUACGCACAUGCUUUCCCUCCCCCUCUCACUGCCCUGCCUCCUUCCUCCCUCCUCCCGGCUUCUCCCUCCCUGCCUAGAGGAGGAAGGGGGCUGGGCUUUGUUGGUGCCAGCAGCAGCAGCAGCGCUCGAGCGGCCAUUUUAAACAGCCCCUUUCCAGAGCCCUUUAGCGUGCCGCUCAUUGUCCCUCCGCCUCCAGUCCCUGCCGCUCGCAAGACAUAGGUAAGCAGCCACUGGGGCUCAUGGUGCUCUUGCAUCACACCCCCCCCAUAUAGUCCGGCCCCCCCACAAGGUCUGAGGGACAGUGGACUGGCCCCCUGCUGAAAAAGUUUGCUGACCCCUGGUUUAGAAGAUAUUGUCCCAUUUUAUAUGCAGAUUGUACUUAAGUAUUUAUUUAUUUAGCUUGAUUCACUGAAUGACAUGGGGCUACUUGGUUAUCCGCGUGCUUUCAUUCGGCUGUUUCCAGUCAGCGAAGCCAAAGCUAAAUAAAUAAACCCUUAAGCACAGCUUAAGUGAUAUUAGUUGGACCUGUGUUAAAAUUCCUAUUCUGCUAUGAACCUAACUGACUGUGGGCCAGCCACUUUCUCUUCCUGUAUGCUUGCCUCCUAGGAUAAAAUCACCAUGCCUAGCACUUUCAAUUCCUUGGAAGAAGGGUAGGAUGCAAACAUAGCAACAUAUAAUUCAGGCUCUUUAUGUGCUUACACACUGGUGUUUGUAGCAGAAAAGUGUGAAGAAGGCAAGCUUGUAAAUGCACAAUUGGCAUGUACCAGGAGUCUAACCACAAUUUGAACUUCCAGAGCAUUCCCACUGCAUGUAUGCCGAUGCUGUGUGCCUUUCCUUUAUAGUUUACGGUGUUUCCUGCAGCAAAAACUGGCACGCAGUGGCAGAUGCUCUAGUGUGCGAAGCAUGAAACAGCUCCAACAGCAUGUAGCCUCAUCUGAAUUGUGUCUCAUCUGACUUCAUCUAGAUUGCACCUAGAGGUUAAAGUGCUAAGCAAAGCAAGCCCAGAGGAGAGUUCAAAAAAGUGGCUUUUCAUGGCUGCAUCUUGUGCCUUUUAUCUUUAUUGUAAGCAGGGUUACCAAAUAAUUGUGAAACAAGUUACUCUUUGCCUACUUUGUGCAAUCUCUGUAACUCUUAGAAUUUUCACUUUAGCUACUUGAAAUAAAGGGUUGCCUUUAUGGACACUUGUGCUAUAUAAUCCAAUAUAGCAGAAUCAAUCUUUCUAGUUUUACAGCAAGACAUCCAAUAUUCUCUCUCUACUCAUCCUACCUCUGCCUUUGAGGAAGGCACAUCAUCAUCUGUAAACCAAUGAAAUAAAUUGAGAAAAAUAAAUUGAAAAACACCACA